AUGGCUCGAGAGGUGGAGCGAUUGUCCACGGUGUGCGAAGAAUUGAGAGACGAGCGCGCGGCGCUCCUCGCGAGAGAGGCGCGCGUGAUGGACAUGGUGGACAAGGCGGAUCGAGAGUAUCGGGUGGAGAAGAGACGGUUCGAGGAGACGGAGAGAGAUUUGCGACAGCGCGUGAAGGAUGCGAGAGAUGAGCUCGAGCGUGAGCGUGAGAUGCGGGAGAGUGGGAACGAGCGCGAGAGUAACGACGCGCGAGAGCUCGGAGCGCUCAGAAGACGCGUCGGGGAACUCGAGGGCGAGUGCGACGCGCUGAAGGAAUCGAAUCAAAAGCAUCGAAAAGAUGCGUUGAUGGCGAAGACGAAGGGUGAGCGCGCGGAGUGGCUCGAGGGUGAGAUCGAGCGCGUGAAGAAGCUCUUGGCCUCGAGCGAGGGGUUGGUGAAGCAACUCAAGAGCGAUUUGCAGCUCGAAAAGAGCGCGGUGACGAAAGUUGAGAGCGCGAAGAUUUCCCUCGAGAAGGAUCGCUCGUCGUUGCGAAAAGAGAUCGAGAUGAACGCGGCAAAGAUGCUCGAGCUCGAGCAGGAGGUGGAGAAUCAAUCGGCGCGCUUAGCGUCCAUGGCAAAGGAGCUCGAGGAGAACCGCGCGCUCGGGAAGAGCGACGCCGCCGUGGCCAAGCGCGAACGCGCGCUCGAGCAGAGAGAGAAAACGGCGGCCGAGCGCGAGCGCGAGAUCAAGGAGUCGUUCGCAAAUUUGAAGGCGCGCGAGAGCGCGUGCGAGAAGCGAGAGCGAGCGAUCGCGAAAUCCGAAGCGACCGAGGCGACGCGGUCCACGCCAGCCAAAGCGAGCGGCGCGUCGACGUCUCGCGGUACAGCCAUCGAGCCGUCGGGGACGACACCGGCGCCGACACCCACGGUCCCGUCGCACACCGUCUCUCGAUUCGCCGAGCUCGCGCGAAGAUACGUCUUCACGCCCGGUUUCAAGCCCCGUCUCGGAAAACCCUCCGCCGCGGAUUCUCCGACGCCGACCAAGACGCCGCUGAGCGAAAAAUCCAGGCAGCUCUUUGCCGCGGUCGUGGACAAGGCGCAAUCCGCAGCCAAGGCGUCGGCGACCAAGGCGCAAUCGGUGGCGCAAACGUCGGCGUCCAAGGCGCAAUCGGUGGCCAAGGCGUCAGCGUCCAUGGCUGAUCAGGCGAAGAAUGCGGCCGCCGUGGGCGUCUUCAAAGCCUUACACUCCACCAUCGGGUACAAGCAAUCGACACCGGCGAAGAGCUUGGGCGCGGGGACACCGGACGAGAAACCCGCCGGAAAGACCCCGGCGAAGACGCCGGCCCGAAAGACGCUGGAGUCACAGUUCCCAUCCUCGCCGCAGUCCUCUCCCCAGAUCCCGUCGUCGCCGCCUGCGAAUAGGGCGGCUACGGCUGCGGCGGCAAAGAAGCCGACCGCGGUGAAGACGACGACGGCGACCAAGAAGGAGAAGAGCGUGGCGACAAAAAAGCCAGCGGCAACGAAGGAGGUGGCGACCGAGAAGAAGGAUGACUCGACGGAGACGGUCGGGGCGAAGCGCGCUACGCGCGCUACGCGCGGUCGACCGAAGAAAUUCGAAGCUGAGUCCGCCGAGCCGACGCAGUUUUCUUUGGAAAAGAAACCCGCGCGCAAACGCGGCCGUCCUGCGAAAGAGAAGACGGACGAAGAAGAGCCGGCAGAACCGGCCGUGAAGAGAGGACGUGGUCGGCCGAGGAAAGAGGUCGUGCCGGAAGAUCCGAACACGCCUAAACCGCCGCCGCGACCGCGCGGGCGACCCAGAAAGGAGGAAUCGAAUCGCGCUCUGAAACAGAUUCAGGACCACUUGGGUUCAGGAAAAAAGGAAGAAGUGACCGAGCGUCCCCGUCGUAGCUCUCGAAGAAAAUGA